AUGGAGGUUGACGGACGCGUCGCGAAGCGACAAAAGUUGGCCACUGGCGACGCCAGGCGUCAUCGCCCCGCGGGAGAGUCGAGAGUGUUUGCGCCAUACCGAACCGUCGGUCUGGUGUCGCCCACAGCAGUUCCCUUCACGAGUGUUGCGCUGGGCAAGACGACCUUUCAGAUCACGACUUCGGUCGGCCGGAGCCUGCAGACAUACGACCUACGACGCGGCUUGAACCUGGUCUUCAUCACCAGACCACAGACCCCCGAGGUCAUCACCGCCAGCGUUGCGUGGAAGGACAAGCUCUUUGCAGCAUGGGGCGGCGAGGGCGGUGCGUCGGGAAGAGGCGUGUGGGUGAUGAAACGUGGCAAGAAAGAGGCCGAGCUGGAGUGGCCGGUGGACUGUGAAGAGAAUGUACAGGCUUUUUGUCUCCUCGGCAGCUGGAUCGUGGGCGUGUGCGAUACUCAGCUGCUCGUCUGGAAAACGUCCACGUUGGAGCUCUACACAUCGCUCCGAGGCAUUUCGCCCGUACCGUUUACCGGGUGUGUUUCGGGAAUACCGACGUUCUUGAACAAAAUUGUUGCAGGUCGACAGGAUGGCAGUGCUGAGAUCUGGAACGUUUCGAGCGGCAAGCUGGUCUACACUGUGCUUCCCCCUUCCACUGCAUACGGCGCUGUGACGGCCAUUGAGCCGACUCCCGUCCUCUCUCUGGUUGCUAUCGCGUAUGAGAGAGGGCCCCUUCUCAUUCAUGAUAUCAAGACGGACCAGACUGCGAUUCAGCUGAACACUCCUGCUGGCUCACCCGUGACUUCCAUCUCGUUUCGAACAGAUGGCCUGGGAGCUGGAGAGGAUGGUAGACUGGCCGGUGUCAUGGCUACUGCUUCUAUUGCAUCAGGAGAUGUGACACUUUGGGACCUGAACAACGGUGGCCGAAAAGCUGGCGUGUUGCGGGCAGCUCACGCGCAGCCUACAGCGACCACUCCGGGAGGUACUAGCAGAAUCGAGUUUCUAUCGGGUCAGGCAAUCCUGGUGAGCAGCGGCCUGGACAAUAGCUUGAAGACUUGGAUCUUCGAUAAGACACCUUUCGAUCCAACGCCACGUAUUCUGCAUGAGCUUAGCGGCCAUGGUGCACCCAUCUCGAAAUUGAUGUUUUUGCCGACAGCCUCAGAUGGAGCAGACGAUGAUGGAAAGUGGUUGAUGUCUGCCAGCAAGGAUAGGAGUCUCUGGGGCUGGUCCUUGCGACGAGACCGACAGAGCACGGAACUCAGUCAAGGCGCUGUACAGAAGAAAGCCAAGAAGCAAGGCUUGUUAUCUGGGGAACGCGAUGCUUUCGAAGACCUGAAGUGCCCGCCCAUCACGAGUAUGGCUUGCGGCUUGAACAGAGAUGGCGGCAUUGGUGCAUUGCCCGGCAAGCACCCCAUAUGGCAGAACGGCCAGUCGAAACAAGUCAGUGCUGAAGUCAGUGCAAUGACUGGCUGGGAAAGCGUAUUAACGGCGCAUGAGAACGAUUCGAAAGCUCGAACUUGGUUCUGGGGCCGAAAGCGUGCAGGUCGAUGGGCUUUUGCAACCAGCGACGCCGGCAAUGUUACAUCGGUCGCGAUCUCUCCAUGCGGCACGUUUGGAUUGGUGGGCUCCGACAAGGGAGGCAUAGACAUGUUCAAUAUGCAAUCUGGGAUACAGCGGCAACGAUUUCCAGCCAGAUUGACGACUAUGCAAGCCAAGCAACUGCGAUUGGAUGUCGACCGUGAUCACUUUAUCGUGGAAGACGAGGGUAAGAAGAAGUUCUAUCGUGGACAGGGCAAGCAUGCCGCUGCGGUGGUGGGUUUGGCCGUGGACAGCCUCAACAAGACGGUCGUAUCGGCUGGUGCAGACGGCAAGAUCAAGUUUUGGCACUUCAGCAGCGGACUGCUCAAAGACCAGCUCGACUGGUCGACUUCAACUGGCAUCACUGGUAUGCGGUUCCACCGCGGUGCGGACUUGGCUGCUUUCGCUUGUACCGAUGGCUGCAUUCGUGUUAUAGACAUUUCGACUCAGAAGCUGAUACGUGAGUUGUGGCGCUCACGUACGCCGCUCGCUGAGCUACAGGACCUCAAGUUCUCGGACUUUCAAUUCUCCACUGAUGGACAUUGGAUUACUGCUUCUGCUGGACCACUCGUGUUUCUUUGGGAUCUACCAACAGGCCAUCUCGUUGACGUUUUCAAGUUGAGAGCUGAGUGUACAACGCUGGCCUUGUCACCGACGGGUGAAUACCUCGCUACUGCAUCCAACGACAACGUAGGGGUCGACAUCUGGACAAACCGUAGCCUCUUCAUGCAUGUAUCCACACGAAAUAUUACUCAGAAGGAGCUGCUGGCAGUCAUACAAUCAAGCACUGCUCAAGCACCGACGACUUCCGGCGAAGGCGGAUUGAAUCUCAUAGCAGGUACUGCUUAUGAAUCCGACUCAGAAGACGAAAACAUCGACCUCGAUAUUUCAGAAGAUCCGAACGCAGAUCUCGACUCUCUGUCCGCCAAUCUUCUCUCACUGUCUCUUGUCCCUCGCUCCCGCUGGCAAAAUCUCCUUCAUCUCGACCUGAUUCGUGAACGAAAUAAACCCACAGAGGCCCCGAAGAAACCAGAAAAAGCGCCUUUCUUCCUGCCAUCUCUCCAGGAUCGCCAAGGCCAGAAAGCUAUCAAUGCCAACGACUCAUUAGGCACUUCGCAAGCAGACCUCGAGAAGGAACGUACACGAGUUCUACAACUCUCGAGAGAUGGUAUGCGAAGCCAAUUCACCUCACUCCUUCGCGCCUCGGGCGAGACAGAGGACUUCGCACCAUUCCUAGAGCAUCUGAAGAAUCUCAGUCCAGCUGCCACCGAUGUAGAAAUUAGAUCUCUUUCGUUCGAAGCGGCCGAGCAUGUCAGUUUUGUGAAAAGCUUGACUUGGCUACUGCAGUCGAAGCGAGAUUUCGAGCUCGUACAAGCUUGGAUGGCAGUCUUUUUACGUGUGCAUGGAGAUAUUGUGAUUGGCGAUCAGGAAGUGAGAGAUGCUGUACAUGAGUACAAGGAUGCGUUGGACGGGGAGAGGAAGAGAGUGGCGAAGUUAGCUGGAUAUUGUAGUGGACUUGUUGGAUAUUUGCGGGCUGCAAGGGUGUAGAUGAUGGGUACCUGUAUCCAGAUCAUGUCUCAAUACCCAAGACAAUUUGCA